AGUACCCGUGAGUGAGGUCAGCAGCAGCAUAGCAUGAGUCAACCUUGGGGAUGAAUGCAGUCAUCAUCGCGGGUCUGUAUCGUCCGGGGCCUGCUGCUGCUGCUGCUUCUGCUGGCUGCGCGGAGCUGCGAGCAUGCGAUCCUGCGGAGCUGAGCUGAGCUGCCGUCAGUAGCAGCUUUCAUGACGAACACAGGUGUUGCCCAUGAAUGAGCAAAACACGUGGACUACUUCAGAUCUGCUCACCCCCAGGCCAGCAACCUCUGAGUGGGUCACUGAAGGACUUCAGAGGGGGAAGAGAAGAUCAACUUCGCAACUGCUCACUCUGAAGUCAACGUAGAAUCACAGCUUUAACUUAAUGUGGGUGCCCUUUCAUUUUUGGUUUGAUAUAUAUUUACCAAGUGGAGCAUUUAGAGCUGGUUUUCGCUGGAAAUACUCACCUGGUUCGGCUUCUUCAUGCCCGUCAUGAGCGUACCAGCCCAGCAAAAACCCAGCGCCAAAAGAACGGGCAAACGCAUCACAUUUUUCAACGAACAAAGUGUAGCAAUGAAGGAAGGUUCUCAGCACCCUGAGGGCUCGUACUAUGUUGCGGGUGGCACCGCCUCAGACCCUGGACAGAGCGAGGCUGCAAGUACUGUUACCUCGAACCAAGAGGGCCCUCACAUGUACCUCAACUCUGUCAUCUUCAGCCCAGAUAAAGGAGACCAGAGCAGGGGUCAUUAUCAGCAGACUGUGCCGAUGAAGUGGGCGCACCAGGAGCCCAGUCAGCAGCAGCCAUCCCUGUCCCAGCAGCAGAGAGCCGCCCCCUGGAAUACUAUGACGAACUGGGGACAAAACAUUGCUAAUUUCAUUGGCGGAGUUAAUGUAACGGACUCAAGGACCCAGAAUGCAUUUGUGAAGUCCAUGCACGACACUUCAGGCUUACAGCCCCCAAAUAGAGCUGCAGAAAAGCAGCCGCUGGGAGCGAACCCUGCUGUUGAAGUGUACAGAGAUGCCGUUAAGGCUCGUGGUAUGGACUGGGAGCAGCAGCAGCAGCAGCAGCAGCAGCAAUCCCAGGCCUUUCAAGAGACCUUGAAACCUGGGGCCCUCAACCCCCAGCAGCACAGCGCAUUACACCCAGGAGGAAGCUCAGUGCUGCAGCCCUUCCAGUUGGCCUUUGGUCAGCCCAAGCAGCACCUGCCGGCCUACUACCAGACCUUUCAAGGCAACAGAACAACCCUACCUAACCCACCCAUCUAUUCAACACAGGCAAAACCCCCGCACCAGUUGCAGCAGUUACAGAAGCAAGAGCAAAUACAGCGCCAGCAACAGCAGCAGCAGCAACAACAACAUCACAUAAUCCAGCAGCAAAUUCAGCAGCAGCACCAUCAACAAAUGCAGCAGCAACAAAUCCUUCAGCAUCAACAGCAUGUCCAGCAACAGCUACAGCAGCAGCAACAAAUACAGCAUGAGCAGCAGCAACAAAAGAUACAGCAACAGCUCCAAAUUCAGCAAAUGCAACAUCAGCAGUUGCAACAACAAAACCCUCAUGCGCUUGACUUUUACCCCGUUACACAAAAUGCACAACCUCACCCGCAUCCACAGCCCGUGGUGGUACACUCCCAGGAGCCCUCUGCUCCAGCUCCCCCAAAGAUCCAGGAGCCAAUCAUCCAGGAUAUCACCCCAGAACCCCAGCAGCCCUCAGAUCCACUGCAACCCCCACUCCAGACUGAGCCUCUGUCCCAGUCCCAAGCGCAGACACAACUCCAAUCCCAAACGCAGCUACGCAGAUCACGGCGGCUCUCAAAGGAAGGAGGGGCGCCGUCCGACAACCCUUUUCUCUCUGUCUCAUCAGAUCAGGCCACCUCAGGGGUGCAAGGGUCCCAGAACGGGGCCCGGGACAUCCAGGCAGCCCCAACAGGCGUCAUCCAGAGCACGCGCAGGAAACGCAGGAUCUCCCAGGAGGUCAAUUUGGAGACCCUUGCUCAGAAAGCGUCAGAAAUGGAGUCCCUGCCUUCACAUAUUGUAAAGGACCCUCACAGGCCGUGGAGUCCCACUCAACCAGAAACUAACGCCAAGCGACCCCGAGAUGAGAAUCUCCUUCCGCUUGUCAUCCCCGUGUCCGUCCCCGUGCGAAGGCAGGAGCCCUCCUCUCCUGACAAAGAUGAGGCGGCGCCGGCCUCUCACUGGCCCCACAGGCCCACAAACCCUCAGGACCUCGGCCACUCCAACCACAAGCCCUCCGUCAUCGUUACCCGGAGACGCUCACUCAGAAACUCUUUAUCAGAAAGCUCAGAGCAGAACGGAGCUGACGGCGAGCGGGACGAUGACGGCAAAAAGUCAAAACGGCGCCCCCGGCCCGAGCCCCUUUUCAUCCCGCCGCCUAAACCUGGUUUAUUCAUCGCCCCGCCGGUCUACUCCAGCAUCACACCUUACCAGAGCCACCUGCGCUCCCCUGUUCGCCUCAUCGACAACCCCCUCACCAUUCCCCCCUACACGCCUCCGCCAAUCCUCAGCCCGGUUCGAGAGGGCUCUGGCCUGUACUUCUCCACUUUCCUGUCCUCGGCUGCUGCAGCUGCUGCAGCCAGCGGCCAGGGCCUGCCGCCUCCUGCAACACCCAAGUCUGCAACACGCAGCCUGUUGCGCUCCAACAGCUGUGACAUCACACCACCAGUUCUGACUGCUAUGAGCGAGGCCACUCCAGUCAGCAUAGAGCCGCGGAUAAAUAUUGGGUCUCGAUACCAGGCCGAGGUUCCAGAGCUGAGGCAGCGGUCGGCCGUGGAGUCGGAUCGUCAUCGAGCGGAGCAGGUCUGGGCUCCGCUGACUGAGCUGGAGGAGAAACCGGAUUUUCAGCAGAAAGUGGAAAACCUCAUGCAGCUGGCCUGCUCCAGUGUUUUUUGUGGAGGAGGCACCAACCAGGAGUUAGCCCACCAUUGUCUGCACGAGUGCAAAGGGGACAUAAUGGCUGCGCUGUCACUCCUGAUGCUGAGGAAUCCAGUUUUAUCAAAGUCUCAUCAUCUGGCCCACUACCACUACUCAGGAUCAGACAGCUGGACUGCAGCUGAGAGACGCCAGUUCAACAAAGGGAUCACUGCAUACAAGAAGGACUUCUUCAUGGUGCAGAAACAGGUGACAACUAAGUCAGUGGCACAGUGUGUGGAGUUCUACUACACGUACAAGAAGCAUGUGAAGAUCGGCCGCAACGGGACGCUGCUCUACGGCGAGGCUGAGCCUCUGGAGGGAAGGACCACUGAGGAGGAGACGAACCACAAGCAGGGCUCUCACAGGUUGGAGCCGCAGCGGGAGGAGGACAGCAGGAAGUGGGAAGGGUCAGCUGACAGGAAACAGGAUGUCGGCCUCACCAGGGUGACACACACGCUGCAGUCUACUGAGAAUCCAGGGACCGUUCUGAUCAUGAAAGGCCAGGAGGACACGGCAAAGGACCAGCUGCUUCCCCGGGUCAUCCCCCCUCCUCACCCUCCGCCUCCCAGCUCCAAAACGCGCAGCGAAGGCAACGCACGCAAGACCAGCCCUUCGACAGGAAACAAAGGCACGGUCGUUCAGGAGGGAGAGUUCCCCUGCAAGAAAUGUGGCAGGAUUUUCCCCAAGGUGAAAAGCCGCAGCGCCCACAUGAAGAGCCACGCAGAGCAGGAGAAGAAGGCGGCCGCGCUGCGCCAGAAGGAGGCCGAGGAACGAGCAGCGGCCGAGGCCGCCGCCAUGCUCGCUGCGCGUCAACACAACGGGACGCGGCAGGUGGGCGGGGACAGCACCAACGAUGACUCGUCAGGCGGCGAGGACGAGGACGAUGAGGACUGGCAAUAAAUGAAAAGGCCACAUAACACUGACUGUACACACAGCAGUGUCACUCCCCCCCUCUGUGAUUGGAGGAUGGACUUUUAAAAAAAAAAAAAGGAAGAAUCCCUCCUGUGGACUUUAUGUACAUUUGUGGAACAAGAAGACUUCUGUUGCUUGGCACAUUCAGGGACACAUUGAUACCCAUGUAUGUGUUUGUGAAUGUGUGGACUGAGUGUGUGUGUGUGUGUGUGUGCGCGUGUGUGUGUGGGUGUAUCAAACUCAACAACGCCCCCUUUACUCUGCUUAAAAAGCUUUUUAAAGAGUUACCUCUCUUGGUCACAGGGCUCUGUCAAAUCAAAGCCAUGCCGCCUCUCUCGGCGCCGUCACGCUGUCCUCGCCAGGCUGCAGCCUUCCUCAGCACUUCAAGUCUUGCCCUGCGUCCUUUGACGGGCUCGUUGGAUCCCCGUCUUUUUUUCUUUCUUUCUUUUUUUUUUUCUACCUUUUUUUUUUUUACUUCUCUCUCAAUGAGCCACAGUAUGAACUACUUAGCUGAAUCCCAUCCGGAUGAAGCUUUGGCAAAGUUGUCGGCUGAAAUCUGACAGCAGGUGGAGGCACGAGCUGUUUGAUUCUCUGAACACAAACCACGGGUCGUUCCAGAUGGAUGAUGGAUGGAUGGAUGGAUUGAUCGAUGGCAUGUGCAAACUGUUGCCUUUGUUCCGCCGCUCCUCUGCACUCGAGGCUGCCAAAAGCUUUCUCUUCUCAGACGCAUGAUGUGCACCAAAUGAGUCCCCCCCUUUUUUUUUUCCCCCCCGUGAUUAGCUGUUCAUUUGGGCUUCAGUUCCGUGUAUCCCCCUUCAGCCCUCGUCACUUGUUAUAGUUUCAUGUUUGUUCCCCUCACUGUUGAUGCCUUGGAUGUUUUGAUGCUUUCUAUCUCAAAAUGACAAUCAAUUUUACACUGUUGUUGUGUUUUUUUUAUAAAUAUAUCAAUAUAUAUGCAGGUAAACGUUACUUUUUCUGCCUGUGUAGCUCUAUAUGGUUCUUGUUGUUUUUGUGAAUAUUCUUGUUGAUGAUUAUUAAUAUUAUUAUUAUUAUUAUAUUCUGGUUUUGGCUGCAAAUGAAUUGAGCGCUUUCUGUACUUGUCCUUUGUUUGUUUGUUUUUUUAUUUAAACAAAAACAAAAAAUAAUGCUACUCGCUGCCUGUUUAUAACUGUGAGAUUUUUUUGUUUUGUUUAAGGAAGCCAGAAAUGAAGAAAAGGCAGAACUGAUGUGCAAUAGAACAAGUUGACCCCCUGUUACCUGAGCGUCCAAGCCCUCCCUUCCUCCCUCCCUCCCUCAUGUUCAGACUAGCUGCUCUGGAUGCCUCGCUGUCAACCCUGUAACUGAUAGGAGGUACUGACUCGGACUGUUGAAGCUGCAGGUCUCUAUAGAUACACAUAACAGCACAAACUUAUCCCAGACACACUUGAGAAUACGCAUACUACCCCAAGAUCUGAGCCAGGGUUCAUUUUUUUCAUACCAUGUUCCAAAAAUUUAAAAAAUAAACAUUUUGCUGAAACACAUUAAUGGAACUUUAACCUGGACUUUUUUCCCAUUUUUUUAAGAGAGAUUAAAUGUAAUUUUCAGUCACAAGAUAUGCAUUUUCCCCUUUUUUGACACUAGAUAACAUCUUUACUUUAUGGUCUCUACCCCUAAUUUUGGGAAAGUCUAAAUAUUUAAAGUUUCCACUGACUAUAAACAUGUCAUGAAAGUAGCAACAAACAGAAACUAAGUGGAGCAAAAGCUUUUUUUUGUAACGAAAACAAACUUCACCUUGAUUUAGCAGAUUUUACUGCAGCCAAAAGACAGUUUUGUGACUCCCCACUGAAGACCAAACAAAUUUAAAAGAACGAAUAUUCUCUACAGCCUGCAUGAAAAGUGUCUAGAUGUAACAGGCUGUGCUGAAACCUCGUCUAUGGGACUCAGCUGUAAAUGAAGGGCUCCUUUACAAUAACAUUGAGAAAACUUGACUUUAAAAUGGAAAAAAAAGAAAAAGGAAACGUUGUCAACUUUGACUGUUUCCUUAAUGAUGAGGUGCUUUGACAAUAUUUCACAACGUUUAAGGUGGGCAGACUGCCUUACUGUAAUUAAAAGAUCAAUAUUUCUCCCUCAAACCCAAACAUGUGUAUCUAUGGAAGACUUUUUUAUUCUGUUUACCUUUUUAAUGAUGGCAGCAGGCACUGAAUGCGGCUGUGGAAACAGCAUGUUUUGAUCCGUCUAUCUCUUCAUGUCUCCAUGUUAAUCCCUUCGGCCCUGAGCCAGCUUCUGUUGCCACAGCAACAAAUGGGUAAAAGGGUUAUUUUCCCUUAAAGGACAAAUCACAGUGAGGAUUUUUUUUUAGUCUGGGAGGGUUACAGGGAGAAACGGCUCCAAUAACCAGAUACUCCACAAGUUAAAACCUGGGUCUAUGCAUCGACGACGUGUGUGAGAUUGUGUGUGUGUGUGUGUGGGUGGAUAUGCUGUUAAAUGUGUGUGAGUGGUUUAAGGUUCAAUGUUGAAUUGUACAGAAGUCAGUGGAAAAAAACAAGUUUGCAGACUGUUCACAUGUUUGGUAUGUUAAUUUAUAUUUCCUUUUUAUUUGGGCUUGUCUCAAGGUUCUUCAGGAGGGGUUGGGGGGGCAGGGUGUCAUGAAAAGGUUUUUCAAGCUGUUUUUAAGAAGAAUUUAAAGAUUAGAUCGAGGAGGCCACGAUACAAAACACACAGCUGUAAACUCUCAGUAUCUAAUCGAGUUGAUUAAGGGAAUUUUAAGGGGACAAAAGGUUUAUUUAGCUAAAGAUUACAAAAAUAUAUAUGAAUGAAAUUCUAUGUUUGCAUACUUUUGAUGCUAUUUUCAUAUGGGGUUCACACUAAAUGAUGAAAACGGAAAGGAAUCUCAACUGCUUUUUACUACGGUGUAACUUAUUUGUUCCGAUUUGAUUUUUACCACCUGUGUUUUAGUAAUGAUUUAUGAAGCACUGUAUAUUAAAGUUUUAAAGUAUU